UCAAAAAGCAUAUAGCUUCCAACUACCGACUAAACUAGGUAGUUGUGAAGCAUCGAAGUUAGUACUCACGGCCUCGAGGUAUAGAUAAUAACUUUACGUGGCACGCAUUACGCCAUAAUAUUGUGGGAAGAGUGCAUGCCUACAUCGGACGAUUCGAUGAAUCCAUAUCCAGAGAAACAAGAUAAAGUAUUGGAGAACCUAGAUGUAUUCGGAAUAGGAAUGUGCUUCUGCAGCGUACCCCCGCACAAGCGUCAUUAGUUGGGCUCUAAACUCGGUAACGAUUAGAUUCUAGGUUAUUGGUUCCAAUACACUUCUGAUAGUUAACUGUUCUACUUCACAUGUACCGAAGAGGUUAAAUAGACGAUAAACAUAGGGAAAAGAUACAAUUAGAAGUGCCAUUUUAGACGACUGUUGAAACAAAUGGCUACCUUCGACGUCGAAACUGCCAGGUCCAAAUUCCCGGCCUUUAAGGAGGAUCAGGUGUUCCUGGAUAAUGCAGGCGGAAGCCAGAUUCUAGGAAGUGUUGUCGAAUCUAUAUCCGACUACUUGAUCAAGAGCAACGUCCAGUUUGGUGGAGGCUAUAAGGUCAGCAAAGCAUCGAGUUCUCGAUACGAUGACGGCAUAACGGCCGGAGCCAAGUUCCUGAACGCCCAGAAGGAUGAGAUAGCAUACGGCUCUUCCGCCACCCAGCUCCUCCGCAACCUAUCAUUCACCUUCCCGUUCCAAGAAGGGGACGAAAUCGUGCUAUCCGCCAUCGACCACGAGGCCAACAUCGCUCCAUGGAAGAGCCUCGCGGAACGGCUGAAGCUCGUGAUCAAGUCGUGGGUUCCGCAGGAGGGCUCAACUAACCCCAAACUACUACCCGAAGAUCUCAAGGGUCUCCUAUCCCCUAAGACACGACUGGUGACAUGCACCCACGCGAGCAACAUCCUAGGGACAAUCCACGACGUCAAGGCCAUCGCCGAAGUCGUGCACACCAUCCCCAACGCCCUCCUCUGCGUCGACGGCGUAUCGUACGCGCCACAUAGACCCGUCGACGUCAAGGAGCUAGGAGUUGACUUCUACGUGCUGUCAUGGUACAAGGUCUUCGGCCCGCACAUCGCCAUGCUGUACGCAAGCCGCAAGGCGCAGGAGCAGAUGGGCACGCUGGGGCACUGGUUUAACUCCCAAGUGACGCUCGAGAAUAAGAUUACUCUCGGAAGCUGCUGCUACGAACUAGUCCAAUCCAUCCCAGCAGUCACCGCGUACCUCGGCCCCGCCAAAGCCGGCUCCUGGGGCGGCUUGCACGCGCAGGAGACGCUGCUGCAGACUACUUUACUCGAAUACCUCACCUCCAAACCCAAUAUCACUAUAUACGGCGAGAGGAGCGCGGACGAAAAACUCCGACUUCCUACGGUGAGCUUCAAGGUAGCGGGGUUGGACUCGAGGGAACUAGUCGAGACGCUGGAACGGACUACGAAUUUCGGGUUCCGCUGGGGCGCUUUUUAUUCGAAUUAUUUGGUGAAUGAAUACUUCGGGCUGGAUGCUAGUGGUGUUGUGAGGGUUAGUAUGGUUCAUUAUAAUACUCUGGAGGAGGUAAAGGGGUUGAUUGAAGCGAUGGAUGGUGUUAUAUCGAAGAUUUAGAUAUAGGGGCUAGAAUCGUCUGUUAGCAUUUUGUUUUGUUGAUAGCCAUGUCGAAAUGGGGUCUGGAGUAUGUGUCGUCUCUAGAGAUGUAGUUUCCUAGAGAUUUAGGCCAUAUGAAUAGAUGUUGGUCUUCCAGUCCAAUGAGUUCAUAGUGAUGCGAA